CUCUCUAUCUUCUUCUUAUUCUUCCUCUCGGUUUCGAGCCGAGAUGAUCUCCUAGCUUGAACCCAAACCAUGGAAAACCCAAUCCCUCUCGAUUUCCCAUCUUUCUACUUUUAUAGUCUGCUCAGUAACACAUCACACUUCAAUUCUCUCUCUCUCUCUAGAAAACCCGUUGUCUGUUUCUUCCGUUCUUUAGGGCAUCGCGUCACCAUCGUCGUUGCGAGCAAUGGAUGACGAAAUCAAUUUGAAUAUUCCGCCGCCAGAAGAGAUAGAUGAGGACUUUGAUCUGCCCGGCGAGGGCACAAUUUUCAAGGUCGACGAGGAUAAGGAGAUCGGAAAGCAGGGUUUGAAGAAGAAGCUUCUCAAGGAAGGUGAAGCCUGGGAUACCCUCGAGACUGGUGACGAGGUUGAAGUUCAUUACUCGGGAACUGUCCUAGAUGGGACUAAGUUCGAUUCGAGCCGUGACAGGGGGACUCCCUUCAAGUUCACUCUUGGACAAGGUAGAAAUAUACUUUUGAGUUCAAGUAUAUUUCUGAGUAAUGACAUUUUCACCUUCAAGCUACAAAGCUCAUCACUUAACAUGGUAGAUGUGCUACUUCACCACAUCGAGUUGGAACUUCAGCAUGGGCACUCCUUACAGGAUCUUUUACUGAAAACUUGUGCAAAGCUGGCAUUUUUUGUUUGGAUUCAUGAAUUACUUCCUUUGGAUAUUUUGUUUUUGGCCCUUAUUGACCGUGAUGAUGAUCCUCACGCUUUACGUAUUGUGAUGAACUAUAUAAAUCAGUAAAACCUAGAAGGCCUUUGUACAACAAAAGAUAAAAUCUAAUGGAAAUUGGGUUUUUCGGGCUCAUCAAACUGAACUUAGGUUGUAUCGUCAAAUACAAUCCUUUGAGGUCAGUUAUCAUAUAAACCCCAUGUUUCUAAAAAUAUCAGGAAUUCAUAGAAAUUUGUAUUCGACUUUGGAGAUUGGUUUUACCCAGAGAGGGAUUGGUGUUUGAAGUUGAAAUAAAGCAUGGAAUCGUAGAUUUAAUACUUUCCUAUGUAGGAAGUUAUUAAUUAUUGCUUUGGGUUUAUGGUUGAGUGUUUUUUUAAGGACUAUUUUCAGUUUCAGAUGGCUUUUUCCAUGAAAAUUAGUCUAGAAACAAUCUUAAUUUGAUUUUUUC